CACAGCAACGUUCCGCUCAGCGGGUCGACGAUAACAUCGUCUCUGAUUCUCCACCUUCACACCUGCGAUCAUCCCCGGUAGUCGACAAAGAAAUGCUAUCCGACGAGACGCACAAAGCCACAGCAUCCCGGACAGCAUCGUCUGUCCAUGAUGUGAGCGCCGAGAAGCCACCGUUCGGGUCUCGGUUGCUCACUUUAGAAGCUGACGUAUGGAGUCAAAAUGCAUGGGAUCAUGUCCCACCUCCCGACGACCAGGACGAGAUCAUCAAUGCCGCGCUCGCGAGACAAAAGCUCGCACCAGUACCGGAGGACGAGAAACAGAAAUACAAUGAGAAACCCGCCAAACAUUGGGAUAACUUCUACAAAAUGAAUGCGAACAAUUUCUUCAAGAACAGGAAAUGGCUGCACUUGGAAUUUCCGGAGCUAGUCCACGCAACACAGCCAGAGGCAGGAGCUGUGACCAUCGCAGAGAUUGGCUGUGGUGCCGGGAAUGCCGUCUUUCCAAUAUUAUCCUCCAAUAAGAACCCACAUCUAUCGCUACGGGCGUAUGAUUAUUCUUCGCAUGCUGUCAAGCUCGUGCAGACAAACCCGUUGUACACGUCUCCUCCCGUUGGCUCUAUCAAGGCCGCAGUAUGGGAUCUGUCAUCAUCAGAGCUACCACCCGAUGUAACGCCUGAGAGUGUGGACGUCAUCGUUCUCGUCUUUGUUCUGAGCGCACUGCAUCCGCAUGAAUGGCAGCGCGCGGUUGGCAAUAUUCACAAGAUGCUGAAGCCCGGAGGGCUAGUACUGCUGCGCGAUUAUGGUAGACACGACCUAACACAGCUGCGUUUCAAAGGUGGCCGUCUGCUGGACGAGAACUUCUACAUUCGCGGCGAUAAGACAAGAGUGUAUUUUUUUGAGCUGGACGAACUGGCCCUGUUGUUCACCGGGUCCCUAGCUCCUUCAUCAUCCAAGAUCAAUAAUCACGUUACCGUGGUCGAGGAGGACGACGGAGAUUCUGGUGGCACUACCGAUCAGCGAUCAGCCCUCCCUAGCUCAUCACCAGGCCCCUCGUCGCCGCAACCGCUAGAACCAGAAGUCACCGUGCAGGCUCACGAAGAUGGCACCGUGACCCCCUCCUUGUCUGACCAGAUUCAUCCGUGUCUUCGCUCGGUUCUUACCUCCGAAGGCACUGUGUCGCUGUUUUCCAUCGAGCAAUUGGGCGUGGACCGCAGACUCAUCGUGAACCGGAAACGACAAUUGAAAAUGUAUCGGGUUUGGAUGCAAGCAAAAUUUCGGAAGCUGCCUUCAUGAACGGGACGGUGGAUGUAUCGCGAUUCGAGUAUGGGGAGACAGCCUAGAAGAUAUAGUUUACAGUCUGUACGAACGAAUGAUAGCAGUUCUUUUACAACCAAGAGGUGUAGCCGAAUCGUCUCUAUUUGCAUGUAACAUUGGCAAGCUAUUUGCUACCCACAUACCGCAGUUCGCCAUCCCAGGUAGCGCGU